GUGCUCCGCCUGCCGAUCAGUCCCAUCGCGGCGCAUCGCGCAUCGUCUUGUCUUCGCGGCCAAGCUUUCUUUCGGCCCCGGCCUGGUCUGGUCCUAUAUUUUAACGGAAGGCGUGAGGGAGUGGUUGAAGAAAACUGGUUGACGCCAGACGCAGCGUCGCGCCCGAGAAGCACGCGCUUCACUGCGCUGCCGCAGGCUUUGCCCUGCCUUCUUGCCUCUCUCUCUCGCUUCUCCUCCCACCAGAUGCCGAGGGAAAAGGGAAUGGCCUUUUGGGGUUUCUUCGACGGCGACGGCGACGACGGCGGACCUGCGCCCGGCAUGAACGAGUUCCCCUACUACGCCGCCGCCGGCCCGGGCGCCCUCGCCUCCUCCUCCCUCUCGCCGCCGUCCUCCCUCGCGCCGGCCGGCGACGGCCGCGGCUUCGUGAAGGUGGAGGACGGCAGCCGGUCGAUGACAGACCACCUCCACGCCGUCUCCGGAGGCGAUGCCGGCGGCGGCGAGGACGGCGAGGCCGCGCCAGAGCUCGACCACCGCGGCAAGCGCAAGAGGCCCGCCAACGCGCGCCACACCCCUCGGCAGAUCCAUGAGCUCCAAGCGUUGUUCGAGCAAUGCCCCCACCCGGACGAGAAGCAGCGGGCGGCGCUGGGCAAGAGGGUCCGCCUCCAGCCGAGUCAGGUCAAGUUCUGGUUCCAGAACCGGCGCACGCAGUUGAAGAGGGAAUCUCUGCUGCACGAGAACCAGCAGUUGAUGGCGGAGAACGGCAAGCUGCGCGCCGAGAACCUGUCCCUCAGGGUGGCAAUGGCGCAUCCAGUGUGUGGCGGCUGUGGCGGCCCGGUCCCAGCGAUGCUUGACGAGUCGCCGUCCCUGGAGGAGGAGGACCUGCGCGUCCAGAACGCCACGCUCAAGAACGAGCUCAGCCGACUCUGCGCUCUCGCUUCCGUGUUCCUUGGCAGGUCCAUUUCCUACGUGGCGGCGCCACCAACGCCAGGCUCGCCAGCGGAGCGCAUUGGUUCAGUGCCGGCGACCACCGUGGCCAACUCGACGGUCACCGAGUUCACGGGCAGUCCCUCCAGCCAAACAGCGGGAAUGGCGAUCACGGCCAUGGCGAAGGCUGGCAUCGACAGGUCCGUGUUCUUGGAGCUUGCGACGAGUGCAAUGGAUGAGCUCGUCAAGAUGGCGCAGAUGGACGAGCCGUUGUGGAUUCCAAAUGUUCCCUUGCCUGGUUCCCUUGCCAAGGAGACGCUCAACCAUGAAGUGUACUUGAGGACCUUCUCGCCAGCCAUAGGGGUGAAGCCUCCGGGGUUUGUAUCCGAGGCCUCUAGGGAGUCCGGCAUUGUAAGCAGUGAUGGCAGCGUCGAGCUUGUGGAGACUCUGUUGGAUGAGAGACGUUGGUCCCGUUUUUUCUCGUGCAUAAUUGCCGAAUCAUCGACGAUCGAGGAGAUCUCUACUGGAGCUGCAGGAAGUAGAGAUGGUGCAUUGCUGCUUAUGCAGGCAAAGCUGCAGGUUCUUUCGCCUCUUGUCCCUAUUAGGGAGGUGACCUUUCUCAGAUUCUGCAAAAAGUUGGGUGAGGGUUUCUGGGCUGUAGUGGAUGUUUCCAUGGAUGAGUUGGUGAUGGAGCAAGGCCUUGCCGUGGCAUCCACCACUGCAAAUAUGAAGUGCCGGAGGCUGCCUUCUGGCUGUGUGGUGCAAGAUACCCCCAAUGGCUUCUGCAAGGUUACAUGGGUUGAACAUACAGUAUAUGAUGAAUCCUCCGUGCACCAGCUCUACCGGCCUCUCCUGCGGUCUGGCCUUGCCCUUGGUGCAGGGCGGUGGCUUGCGACGCUACAGCGCCAGUAUGACUGCUUGGACGUUCUCAUGCCGAAGCAAGACUCGUCAGAUGCCAUGUUGGAAGGAUCACGGAGCUUGCUGAGGUUGGCAGAGAGGAUGAUGGACAACUUCUGUGCGGGGGUGAGCGCAUCUUCUGCUGAAUGGAGCAAACUGGAGGACGUCACGGGGAGCAUUGGGGAGGAUGUGCGUAUCAUGGCAUGUAGGAGUGUGGAUGAACCUGGGGUGCCAGCUGGUGUGGUGCUGUGUGCUGCCACAUCGGUGUGGAUGCUUGUAACACCCAAACGGCUUUUCAACUUCCUGUGCAAUGAGAGAACGCGGGCUGAAUGGGACAUCCUAAGCAAGGGUGGCCCUAUGCAGGAGGUGACAAAAAUCUACAAGGGGCAACAGAAUGGCAACGCCGUAUCUCUACUGAAGGCCACUGCCCCAAACACCCAGCAGGACAGCAGCAUCCUGAUCCUACAGGAGACGUGCACAGAUGCAUCCAGCUCAAUGGUGGUGUACACCCCAGUGGACAUCCCAGCAAUGCGCCGUGUCAUGGGCGGGGAAGGCGACCCGGCAUCGAUCAUGCUCUUGCCAUCCGGUUUCGCCAUUCUGCCCGGCUGGCCGAGCAUAUCUGGCGACGACGGGCACAAGACAUGCGGCUCGCUGCUCACCGUGGCGUUCCAGAUACUCGGGAACAGGCAGCCCACCGGGAAGCUCACCGUGGAGUCGGUGCAGACCGUGGACAGCCUCAUCUCCUGCACCAUCAACAGGAUCAAGACGGCGCUGCGACGCCUGAGCGAGCUUGGGGACGGGGGAACCCUUUUGGCCUAGGAGCGAGCGAGCAGACGGUGAAGGGUCUUGGAGUCAAGAACGAACCGCGAAAAUAGGAGUGUGGCCUUUGCUGGGUGGUAAGGACCGGGCUGGGCUGGGCAGGUCCUUAGCACAGAGCAAUGGUGGUGGUUCGGGUAUUGACUCGGCCUUCUCCCGGCUGUUCUCUCUCGUGACAUUUGCAUUUUGGACAGACAGUUGGAGGCUAGUCUUCUUAAGCUUUUGUUUGCAUUUUGGCCCGGACUUGGUAGCGUUGGUGACAGCAAGAUGUGAUGCUUUCUGUAGGAACUCGCUCUGAAUGGCAAUGUUCCGUUGGCCAGAUGUUCGGUUCUUUUGAGGCAGCCUUGGGUUCCAAGAAUGGUAUCCAGCAAGCAAUCAGUCAUCUAGAAAGAAUGAACUUUGUUAAUUGUUAUGUUAGGAGUAUUUGUACUCCCUCUGUUUCAAAAUAAGUGUCAUGGUUUUAGUUGCACAACAUUCAUUUUGGAACGUAGGGAGUAACAUUCAACGUCAUGGUGCAUGGGCACUGAAAUGUGAACACAAAGUAGCUGCAAACUCUGGGACAUGGAGUUUCUACACUUAAUUUUCCGCACACAUGCAAAUUUUCAUGAAGAAAAAACAUCCUGAAUGCUCUGGCUAAAAG